GCCAUUAAGACAAUUAUUUCCCCAACAGCAAGCUGUACUUGUAUGCUAAUAUUAUAAGAUGAAAAAGGAUUCCAUCUGAAAUUCGAGAAUCAGUAUUGGUGUUUUGAUCGGCGAAGCCUUGGCUUUGGUCUCCUCUCCACUGUCUCAGAUGGCUUCCUGCAACACCGUUUUCCUAUUCUCUAUUUUUCUUGCCCUAAUUUUCCUUCAGAGCACUGCAGAUGAUGUUGGGAGUGUUGUCGAUGAUUUCUCCAAGGAUGGCUCUGAUUUGUCAGCUGAAUUGGCUCUACUCAAAUCCAGGAUUGAUGCUCUUGAGUUCCAUAUCAAGGAGAAGAAUGAAGAGUUGAAAGCGAAGGAUGAUGCAAUUUCUGAGCUGGAGAAGAAGAUUAAAGAGAAAUCUGAUAGCAUUUCUUCAUUGCAGAGUGAGAUAGUGUCUCUGCAGAAAAAAGGAACUCUAGAUGCUGAGGAAGUGGUCAACAAGGCUCAUGCACGAGCUGCUGAACUAGAGAAAAUGGUGGAGAAACUUAAAAUGGAGAUUGAUCUGAAAAAUAAGGAAAAAGAGGCAUUAGAAGCUCAGGUGAAUGAAAAGGAAAAGAAGGCACUUAACUUAAAUUCAGAAUUUGAGAAUCUCCAAAACAUUGUUAGUCAACAGAAGGCUAGGCUACAAAAAACUGAACGUGCUCUUCAAAUGGCUGAGGAGGAGAUGAUGAAAGCAAAGUUUGAAGCCACAUCAAGAAGCAUUGCGCUGAUUGAGGUUCAUGGUGCAUGGCUUCCACCUUGGCUUGCAGUUCAUUUAACACGUUACCAGAUGCUUCUGGAGAAGCACUGGGAAGAACAUGGUAAACCUGCUGCAGAUGCAUUGUUACAGAAGGCUAUCAAAGGAAAGGCGAAGGCCGAAAUUUGGGCUGGGCCGCAUAUUGAAACCAUUCACACAAAAUGGAUCCCGGUCAUAAAAGAGCAGUGGCUGAUCCUAGUCACUAAAGCUGAACCACAUGUGCAGUCACUAAGUACAAAAGCGCUGGAGAUUUAUGAAUCAUCUAAAAUUGCAGCAAUGCCACAUGUUAUAAAAGUUCAAGAACUCGCAGAUCCUUAUUUUCAGGAAAUUAAGAAGUACAGCAAACCAUAUAUUGACCAAGUUGCCACUGCAGCAAGACCCCAUGUUGAUAAUGUACGAGUUGUCCUGAAGCCUUAUACUGAGCAAGCUUUUCAUGUUUAUGGAAAGUUUCUUGAGUCUGCCAGUACUUAUCAUCAUCAGGUUCAGGGCACUGUCCAAGAAAAGCUGCAGAUGCAUGAUCUUACAAGACCUCUUGCCACGAAAGAGCUAGUGUGGUUUAUUGCUUCCGCUCUGUUGGCUUUACCCAUAAUAGCUGGAUUUAAAAUCUGUUCAGCUAUUUGCUGGAAAAAAACAAAACAUUCCAAUCGACAUGGCCAUUCAAACCAUUUGCGUCGCAGGGCUAAACGGAGUCAUCCAGACAAGUGAUGCCUAGCGAAUUUCAUGGUUUAUGAAUUCAAGACGGGGGUUGUCAAUUUGCUUCGCUUGGCUUUGGCAACUGUUUGGUCCUGUAUCUUGCUUCGAAGUCUAUCCUUGAUUGGAAAGCUGCUAUGUUUUACAAUUUCUUCAUUCUGCCGUGCAAUAGUUGACUGGUCGACAGAAAAGUUUAAUUUUGGAAUGUAUUUUGGUAGCGUAAUUAAGGUGGUCUAGAGCGUAUAUGUAUUUUGUAUUUGAAUAAUGAUUGUCAGCCUGCCAUUUCUUUGUUUUCUCGAUGUAGUUUCUAUGUUACAGCUUCAACGCUGUUUUAAUGGGUUCUGACUAGAAAUCUUUUCAUAUAUCCCUUUGUGGUUACAGGAAGAGAAAAUUAUCAUUUGCUUUC